AUGGCUCUGUGGCUGUGCAGCAUCUCUGCAGCCGCGCAGCGGCUGCUGGGGAGCCCGAAGCCCCGUGCCAGGGAUGUCGCGGCUGCUGCAUGCUUCUAUUCCAAGGACAAUGAAGGUAGCUGGUUCCGCUCCCUCUCUGUGCACAAGGUGGAUCCCUGGAAGGAUGCCCACUCCACCCUGCUGUCCAAGACGGAAACCAGCAACCUCUACAAGAUCCAGUUUCACAAUGUGAAGCCUGAAUGUCUGGAUGCCUACAACAGCCUGACAGAGGCUGUGCUGCCCAAGCUGCACCUGGAUGAGGACUACCCCUGCUCGUUCGUGGGCAACUGGAACACAUGGUACGGGGAGCAGGACCAGGCAGUACACCUGUGGCGAUUCUCAGGCUGCUAUCCAGUCCUCAUGGACUGCAUGAACAAGCUCAAAAGCAACAAGGAGUACCUGGAGUUCCAAAAAGAGCGGAGCCAGAUGCUACUGUCGAGGAGAAACCAGAUGCUCCUUGAGUUCAGCUUCUGGAAUGAGCCACAGCCCAGAGCAGGCCCCAACAUCUAUGAGCUGAGGACAUACAAGCUCAAGCCAGGAACCAUGAUUUAGUGGGGAAACAACUGGGCUCGGGCAAUCAAGUACCGGCAAGAGAACCAGGAGGCAGUAGGCGACUUCUUCUUGCAGAUAGGAGAGCUCUACGUUGUACACCAUCUCUGGGCCUAUAAAGACCUGCAAUCUCGGGAAGAGACUCGAAAUGCUGCCUGGAGAAAGAGGGGCUGGGACGAAAAUAUCUACUACACAGUCCCAUUGGUGCGACACAUGGAGUCUCGGAUCAUGAUCCCUUCGAAGAUCUGGCCUCUCCAGUGAUGCUGCCUCUGCCUCCACCUCCUUCCCCUUUUCCCUCAGGGC